AGAUACAAUGCGACAUUACUUCACUAAACGCGACACUUCCCGCAUCUGGGUUCCUGGCUACGAUUUACUUCGUACCCUCUUAAUCCACGAAUCCCAUGACAGCCCAGCCUCCAGACAUUUCAGAGUUGACAAAACCAUGAAGACGUUGCAGCGCAAUUAUUACUGGCCGAACAUGGUUGACGACGUGCGCAAGUACGUGUCCCGAUGCACCGAUUACCAAAUCAUGAAGUCAUCCCAUCAACGCGCAGCCGGACUCUUGCAACCGUUGGAUACGCCGGAGCGACUCUGGCAACACGUCACGAUGGACUACAUAACAGGACUGCUGGCCGACCCCAAUAGAAAUGACGCCAUCCUCGUGGUCGUUGACCGACUCACCAAAAUGGUGCACUUCAUUGCGUACCAACAAACUGCCCAACUGUUCAUUGCCAACGUCAUUAGACUGCACGGAUUGCCGACCGCCAUUAUUUCUGACCGAGACCCGAAUUUUACAUCGAAUUUCUGGCGCCACCUGUGGAACCAGCUCGGCACCAAACUACAGUUUUCCUUUGCCUAUGACGGGUAGAUCGAACGAGUCAACCAAACUACCUAUAUU